AUGACCACUUCAGAGGACGAUCAGGAAACUAGAAAAAUUCUUGUUACCCCGGCAGUUCGACAACUUGCUAGGGAAAAGGGGGUGAAUCUGAAUGAAAUCACUGGAACAGGUUUUAGUGGACGUAUUCUAAAGGAUGAUGUUAUUCGGCAUGUCGAACUUCAAAAUAGUGAGGGCUGAUAUUCUUUUAUUUUUCUUCAUGAUAUUUUCAAUUGAAUUUACAACCACUUCUCAGAAAAUCAUUGUACUUCAAAGCCUACUGCCACUAUCAGUUUUGGAAAAAUUAU